AUGGAGGAACACGAAGAUGCUCAAUACUGUUUUCCAGGACAUAACUCUUCUUGCAGAAAGGUUUUGCUAUCAACAUCUAUUUACAUAACACUGUACAUAUUCUUCUUAUCGAUUGCAGCGGUUACAGUCUUUUUGAACAUAUUGGUGGUCAUCUCCGUCUCUCACUUCAAGCAGCUCCACACUCCAACCAACCUGCUCAUCCUCUCUCUGGCUCUGGCAGAUGUCCUGGUGGGACUGAUUGUGAUACCAGUAGGGACCGUAGCAAUAAUGGAAUCAUGCUGGUUUUUGGGGAAAUAUUUCUGUGUGUUUUAUGCUUACAUCAGUUAUUUAAUUCUAUCCAUAUCUCUCGGCAAUUUGGUAUUGAUAUCCAUUGACCGCUAUGUUGCUGUGUGUGAUCCCUUAUUUUACCACUCUAAAAUAACAAUAACAAGAAUUACAUGUUCUAUAUCCAUUAUAUGGUUUUGUUGUAUCAUAUACAAUGCAGCUUUUAUAAAAAUAACUGUAAAUGUAGAAGUACCUAAAAGGUGUUUUGAAGAAUGUUUUAUUGUUCAAGAAUUUAAAUGGAUUAGCAUCAUUGACCUUGUAAUUACAAUGAUUGUCCCGUGCUCUAUUAUUAUAACACUUUAUUUGAAAAUAUUUUUGGUCGCCAGAUCACAGGCCAGAAAGGAGACCAAGGUUCAGAUCCCAGCUGUGACAGAGGCAUGA